AAUGUGUGGUUUCCAACGCAAAGCUGACUCAGUCAUGACAAUGACGAUUUUUAUCACAAGAAAGAUAAUCAUUUAGUCUCAAUCUGUCUUUUGCCUGUUUGCCAGCUUGCAAUGGGACUCUGCCUGGUUCCAACUUCUUUUCAUUUUCUUGUAAAACAAUUAUUAUACAAAUAUUGAUCUAUUUUUUAAAGACAAAUGUUGUAAAUUUUUUUUUGGGACUAAAAUUGUUGUAAAUUAUGUUAAGUAAUGAAAGUUUAGAUUUUCAGGGAAGGACAUAGGACCUGGGAAUUCCCAGGGAAGGACUUCUUCCGGCUGACUAUAAAUACCAAGGAUUUUGCUUGACCUAAAUGUGCAAUCACCCACUCAAUUUCUGUAUCACUAGAUUUUUGUUGUUUUCUUUUGUUUUUGUUUUCAUUGUUCUGUUGAGAUAUUCAGCUUCUUUUUUGAUUCAGGAUGACUAUCCUCAUUGAUCAACCUGAGUUUGGAGUUGAAGCAGGGUUUAACAAGCAGGUCGAUAAUGUUGAGAAAGAACUGGUAUUGGAUGGGGGAUUUAUGGUGCCACAGACCAACUCUUUUGGCCACACUUUUAGAGAUUAUCAUGUUGAAAGUGAGAGGCAAAAGGGUGUGGAGAACUUCUACAAGACCAAUCAUAUUAACCAGACAUAUGACUUUGUCAAGAGAAUGAGGGAAGAGUAUGGCAAGCUGAACAAGGUGGAGAUGAGCAUAUGGGAAUGCUGUGAACUUCUUAAUGAUGUAGUUGAUGAGAGUGACCCUGACUUGGACGAGCCUCAGAUUGAACACUUGCUGCAAACAGCUGAGGCCAUUAGAAGGGACUAUCCUGAUGAGGACUGGCUGCAUCUGACUGGCCUUAUCCAUGACCUUGGAAAGGUGCUUCUUCUUCCUAGCUUUGGAGAGCUUCCCCAGUGGGCUGUUGUAGGUGACACAUAUCCUGUUGGCUGUGCUUUUGACAAAUCAAUUGUUCACCACAAGUAUUUUGAGGAAAAUCCUGACUAUCACAACCCUGUUUACAACACUAAAUAUGGAGUGUACUCAGAGGGAUGUGGACUUAACAAUGUAAUGAUGUCAUGGGGGCAUGAUGACUACAUGUAUAUGGUGGCCAAAGAGAAUAAUACAACUCUGCCAUCAGCAGCUCUUUUCGUUAUCAGAUACCAUUCGUUUUAUGCGUUGCAUAGGUUAGGAGCGUACAAGCACCUAAUGAAUGAGGAGGAUGUUGAGAAUCUGAAGUGGCUAGAAAUAUUUAACAAAUAUGAUCUUUACAGCAAGAGCAAAGUCCGGAUUGAUGUCGAAAAGGUCAAGCCAUAUUAUAUCUCCCUCAUUGAAAAGUACUUCCCAGCAAAGUUAAGAUGGUGAAUCCUGGUUCUCUCGGACUGGCCAGUUUAUCGCCUCAGCGUCAGGCUUGAAGAUGAUCGCUAGCUAGUUCUUAUAUGUAUGAAAAUUUCAUCUGAUGACUUUUUUGAGAUGUUGUCACUGUUGUUUUUGCAUUUCUCAGAUGUUUUUGCAUUUCUCAGCCUGUAUAAAAAAUAAUGGUUGCAAUUUCGGUUUCAGAAUUUUCUAUGGCCUUGUAAUAAAAGCUAAAAAACAAAACCUGAAAGAUCAGUUGGUCUCUUUUCGCCUCAGCAU